AUGACAGGACAAGGUUCAGAGCGUCCUAAUAAAGGAAAAGGGGUAGCAAGGCCUACAAAGAGGCAACGACAGGCACCAAAGUAUGUACUUAGGGUGCCUGCUAGACUACCUACCCCUGCUCCCGGUAGUAAAUCAUCUGUGGGGCCUCCUCCUACCCCUAGUAUACAGACUCCUACACCUGCAGUAGACCCCACUCCUCCUCCUGCAGUACACCCUUCUACUACCACUGCAGUAGACCCUUCUCCUCCUCCUGCAGCACACCCUUCUACAACCCCUACAGUAGACCCACUUCCUCCUCCUAUUAUUGCCACCCCCACUCCUCCCCUUAUUGUUAUUACCCCCACUCCUCUCCCUGACCCUACUUCUAUACCUUCCUCAUCUUCUGUACCUCCUUCUGAGACUGUCACACCACUUGGUGAUCCAGAUUCAAGUGGUGAUGCUGAAGAUCUUGACCCGCCCCUCCAUGAUCGACCAUGGAUUGAGCCCUAUGGUAAAGGGUUUAUUCCAUCUAGGAUUGCUUCCCAGGCCAUCACACGUUCAAUAAAGCAACAGUUUUUAACUCCAUGGCCUACUUGGGGAGCAAUACCUCAUGACGACAGAAAGCCAUUCUGGCAGCGCUUUCAGAUGAAGGUGCAGUGGAAACCUGAACAUGAAACUCAGAUACACAGAAAUUUCCACAUGAAAGCAUCUCAUCGGCUGUUAGAGAUGUUUAGGGAUGCCCGGAAUGCCGGACAGCGGCCUAACUGGCUGGGUGAGCACAUUUGGAACUCUUUACUGGCCCAUUAGAAUACAGUAGAGUUCCGCAAUAAGUGUGCGAAAGCCCAGCGGAACAGAGCGUCUGAAAGGGGUGGCACCCUGCAUACUGGUGGGUCGAUCACCAUUCAUGAGCAUGCCAUUCGUAUGGCACAGGCUCUAGGACGGGCGGUCCAUGUUGAUGAGGUCUUUGCACAGACUCAUGUUCGGAAGGGAACUAAUCAAUUUGUUGAUGAAAGAUCUCGGAAGACUCAUGAAGACUUUUCUACGAGACUUUCACAGGUUAGAUCUGAACAUGAGUCAGCUCCUACACCGGAUGAUGCCAGUAAUGCAGAUGAUGACAUCCGUAGGACGCAGUGCUGGAUCGACACCGUUGGUGGGAAGAAAAAAGGACGAGUGUAUGGUGCGGGACAGCUUGCUGCAAACUAUACAACAUCCAGAGGAGGUACUCUGAAGCACCAGCCUUCUUCUUCCACCAGUACUCCUGACGAGGUUCUUCAACUCAGGCAGGAACUCCAUCAACGUGACCAGGAGCUCACUGAUCUCAUAGCAGAGUUUACAAAUUUUAAGGCCCUGGUCAUGACUGUCUUGCCUCAAACCUCACAGGACGUACAAAAUAUCCCUCCCACCCAAUCACGACCGUCCUCAUCACCUGCUGCCACUCAGCAGCCCACAUCAGUCCAACCCUCAUCAGUCCAACCCUCAUCAGUCCAACCCACACCAAUCCAGCCAUCAGUAGAGGAGCAGGAUGAUGAAGAUCAUUCUGAUGAUAGUUAUGUACAUUAUUAGUUUCAUUUUCUUCUUACUUUGUUAGACAAACAUUUAGAUAUUAGAACAUUUUAGACUUGAUAUCAUUUCAGUGUUAGU